AUGAGACCCUUAAAGCAACGUCAUGCCAAGGCAACCCUCCUCUACUUUUACUAUGUCGUGCCAUCGAUGGCCGGCGUUAUGUCACCAAUAACAAUCAUCAAUUUCUCUCCUGCGCCAAUUGACCUUGACUUCACCUUUCCCAGCAAAUGCGUUUAUUACGAUUUCAACCCGGAUUCUCUGAGGGGAUACUACAGCGCUUACCGAAGCCCUGACCUUGUGCGCGACCAUGGUUCCGGCUAUGUCAGUCUGAACAAAUAUCUCCAAGGCUUCAAGACCUACUUUGGCAUUCCGGAUCUCGAACAGGGCCUGCAAGGCGCUGUGGGAAGAUACCGGCUCCCACCAUUUUCAGGAGCCGUCCCGCCCCCGUUUUCCGUUCACCAGAUUCAGAUGGACGGCUCAGGGAGCUGCUUUGGCAAGGACUCCUGGAAGCAAUUCUCUAUCGAUACACCGCGUAGCUUCAAUGUCUACGAGUUGCGGGACCCAUCUCAGUCGAACUGGGAGAUAACCAAGUUCCUCCAUGACAGGUAUAUCACGGUUGAUAUUGGUAAAGGAGGUUAUGCAGGGGUUGGGUGGGUUGUCGGCUAUGCUAUCCUGGGAGCGGCGCUUGUGAUCCUCGUCGCGGCAAUCGCUUGGCCUGUUGUAGCUGUCGGCUCAGGAGCGACGGGUAUCGGUGGCCUUUCAUUGUCCGUCCUCAGCGAAAUGUCUCUUACUUUCGAUGCGGGAGUCCCUUUUAUCAGCUCUUUGAGCUCGAUAGGAAAACGACAAGACGACAGCGGCUCAGACGACACAAUCAAUGUCCAAGUCGGCGCUAUAGGGAUAUCUGGUGACAGCAGCCAACUCAACAAUAAUUUCACGGUUACCGUUCCCAACAACAAUGUCCUUCGCGCCGAUGGAGUCCCUUCUGAGUACUCGUCAAGGCCUAUACUGGAUUUCUACGAUCUCUAUUCCAGGAUACCAAUCGAGAAUCGCCAGGCAUGUCUUUUCAGCGCGCCUGGCCUGCAAGACCAGAAUUGCUAUGUUGCAGGUACUGCGAUCAUUAUUCAGGCCGAUGGGACCCCCGUGGCAUACCCCCUCCCAGACGUGUCACAUGCAUAUUGA